UACCUCCUCCUAGCGCUUUAAACCCUCAAAACCCCCAUUUCAUAGAACUAGGGCAGAAGCAGAACACAAUUCUCUUCCUCUCUGUGAUUUGCUUACCGGGGAGAUCGAGAAAAUGAACAAUCUCAAGCUCUACUCGGAGCUAUCUUCAAAACUCGAACUGAACUCAAAGGAAGAAGGUCAAGAAGAAAUCCUACUCUUAUCGGCCUUCGACAUCGAGCGGAGCCGCCUGUUCUUCGCCUCCUCCGCCACUCGCAUCUACACCACGCACCUCUCCUCCUUCCAAAAUGACCGCUCGUGGGGCAAGGCGCCGUUACCUGCGGAGGUGGAUUCCGUGGACUUGGAGCCCAGUGACUACAUGACUGCCUUGGAGUAUCUGAUGGAGAAGGAGGCGUUGAUAAUAGGGACUUGGCAUGGGCUCAUGUUGCUGCACAGCGUGGACGGCAAUGGAACCCAGGUGGUUGGUAGAGUUGAGGGUGGGAUCAGGUGCAUCGCGCCUAGUCCCGAUGGGGAUUUGUUGGCUGUCAUCAAUGGCUUUGGGCAGGUUCUGGUCAUGACUCAUGAUUGGGACUUGUUGUACGAGACUGAGCUAGAGGCUGCCCUUGAAGAUUUUGACUUUUCAGGUCAACCCACUGUGUUUUCUAGAUGUGAGACUCCCAUUUCUUGGCGUGGUGAUGGGAAAUACUUUGCAAAGCUAAGCGAGGAUUGUGAUUCUAGUACAUUGCUUAAGAAGAUUAAGGUAUGGGAACGGGAUACAGGGGAGUUACAUGCUACUUCAGAAUCAAAGGCAUUUAUGGGAUCAGCUUUAGAAUGGAUGCCAAGUGGGGCAAAAAUUGCGGCUGUUUAUGACAGGAAAGCAGAUAAUCAGUGUCCCUUGAUAGCUUUCUUUGAGAGGAACGGGUUGGAAAGAAGCUCGUUCAGCAUCAAUGAGCAAAGGGAUGCAACAAUAGAAAUUCUGAGGUGGAAUUGCUCUUCGGAUCUUCUUGCAGCCGUUGUCAGAUGUGAAAAACAUGAUGCUGUAAAGAUAUGGUUUUUCAGCAAUAAUCAUUGGUACUUAAAGCAUGAAAUUAGGUACUCGAAGCAGGAUGGAGUGAGGUUCAUGUGGGACCCAACAAAACCGUUGCAGAUGAUUUGUUGGACUCUUGGUGGCCAUAUCACAAUUGACAACUUCAUCUGGAAUACAGCUGUGAUGGAGAACUCAAUGGCAUUAGUUAUUGAUGAUUCCAAGAUACUUGUGACUCCCCUUUCUUUGUACCUUAUGCCACCUCCUAUGUAUCUGUUCAAUCUGAAAUUUCCGAGUGCUGUCCGAGACAUAUCGUUAUAUUCCAAGAAUUCUAAGAACUGUUUGGCUGCCUUUUUAUCGGAUGGUUGUUUGUGUGUCAUAGAGCUUCCCUCACCUGAUACGUGGGAAGAACUAGAAGGCAAACAAUUUAUUGUUGAAGCUUCCGUUUCUGAGUCUGUAUUUGGAUCUCUUGUGCAUCUUAUAUGGUUGGAUUCACAUAUACUUCUUACUGUUUCGCAUUAUGGGUUUAAUCAUUACGGGUCCAGAACUUCAUCAAAUGAGGAUGGGCUUCUUGGCUUUUAUUCACAGGAAAUUGAGCUUGUAUGCUCUGAGAAUCAUGUCCCAGGUUUACCAACAUGCUCGGGCUGGCAUGCAAAAAGUUUGCGUCAAAACUCUCUAGAAGGACUGGUUAUUGGAAUUGCUUCCAACCCCACCAAAAGCUGUUCGGCAUUUAUUCAGUUUGAUGGUGGAAAACUAUUUGAGUAUACAACUAGGAUAGGAGCUGUGAAACAUUCUGAUAUGAGUUUUUCAUCAUCUUGCCCUUGGAUGAGUGUGGUUUCAGUUGGUGACAGUGGAUCAUUGAAGCCUUUGCUUUUUGGACUUGAUGAUCUUGGCAGGUUGCAUGUUGGUGGGAGAAUAUUAUGCAACAAUUGCAGCAGUUUCUCAGUUUACUCUAAUUUAGCUGAUCAAGUGAUCACACAUUUAAUUCUUGCAACUAAACAGGAUUUGCUCUGUAUUGUUGGCAUAGGUGAUAUAUUGCAUGGAGAAUUAGACAUGAAAUAUGAGGACUUCAUCCCCACUGGUAACAGGAGAAGAGAAGAAAAUAAAAACUUUAUACAUAUAUGGGAAAGAGGUGCCAAAGUUGUUGGCGUCCUGCAUGGAGAUGAAGCUGCUGUCAUAUUACAAACUACUCGGGGAAACCUGGAAUGCAUUUAUCCUAGAAAAUUGGUCUUGGCCUCUAUUGUCAAUGCGAUGGUCGAAGGACGCUUCAAAGACGCACUGCUCAUGGUGAGGCGGCAUAGAAUAGAUUUCAAUGUCAUCGUUGACCAUUGUGGUUGGGAAGCGUUUCUCCAAUCAGCUGCUGAGUUUGUCAGGCAGGUUUAUAAUUUGAGCCACAUAACUGAGUUUGUUUGUGCCAUAAAGAAUGAGAAUAUUACAGAGCGACUGUACAAAGAUUUCAUAUCUUUACCUUGCUCAAAGGACACUGAAGAUGUACAAGCUAGGGAUUCAAGGGGCCUUGGUGCAAAUAACAAGGUUUCUUCUGUCCUGCUGGCCAUAAGAAAGGCUCUUGAGGAACAACUACCUGAAAGUCCCGCUAGGGAGCUUUGCAUCUUGACCACUCUUGCUCGUAGUGAUCCCCCAGCAAUUGAAGAAGCUUUGGAGAGAAUAAAAGUUACCCGUGAAAUGGAAUUAUCAAGUUCUAACGACCCUAGGAGAAAGUCCUACCCUUCUGCCGAAGAAGCUCUGAAGCAUCUCUUGUGGUUAUCUGAUGCUGAGGUCAUAUUUGAGGCUGCUUUAGGCCUUUAUGAUUUGAACCUUGCCGCUAUUGUCGCAUUGAACUCCCAGCGGGAUCCAAAAGAAUUUCUUCCAUUCCUUCAAGAGUUGGAACAGAUGCCAGUUGUGUUAAUGCGCUACAAUAUUGACCUCAGGCUACGUAGGUUUGCAAAAGCUCUCAAACACAUUGUUUCUGCAGGAGAUGCUCAUUAUGAAGAUUCUAUGAACCUCAUGAAGAAAAAUCCUCAACUGUUUCCUUUGGGACUUCAACUUAUCACCAAUCCUGCCAAGCGGAAGGAAGUCCUUGAGGCCUGGGGAGAUCAUCUUAGUGAUGAAAAAUGUUUUGACGAUGCUGCUACAACUUAUUUGUGUUGUUCAAGUUUGGAAAAGGCUUUGAAGUCAUAUCGUGCUUGUAGUAACUGGAGUGGGGUGCUUACAGUUGCCGGGCUCCUUAAGAUGGGAAAAGAUGAGAUAAUGCAGCUGUCUCAUGAGCUUUCUGAAGAACUUCAAGCUCUUGGUAAACCAGGGGAAGCUGCCAAAAUUGCUCUGGAGUACUGUGGAGAUGUAAAUAGGGGGGUGAAUUUGUUGAUUAGUGCAAGAGACUGGGAGGAGGCUUUGAGGGUUGCAUUUUUGCACAGGAGAGAAGAUUUAAUCUCUGAAGUAAAGAAUGCAUCUUUGGAAUGUGCAAGCAUGCUAAUAGGUGAAUACGAGGAAGGUUUGGAGAAAGUGGGGAAGUAUCUGGCCCGCUACUUAGCUGUUCGACAGAGAAGAUUACUUCUUGCUGCAAAGGUCCGGUCAGAGGAACGGUCAAUGAGUGAUCUUGAUGAUGAUGCUGCUUCAGAGGCUAGCAGUAAUUUCAGUGGAAUGAGUGCUUACACCACAGGGUCCAGGAAGAGCACCACCUCUUCCAUCAUCUCAAGUGCAACUAGCAAGGCCAGAGACAUGAGACGCCAGAGGAAGAGAGGAAAAAUCCGUCCUGGAAGCCCUGGUGAGGAGCUGGCUCUGGCAGAGCAUUUGAAGGGCAUGUCUCUAACAGCUGGAGCAAGGCGUGAGCUUAAAUCUUUACUGCUUUCCCUUGUAAUGCUUGGCGAGGAAGAAAUCGCGAGGAAGCUGCAACGUGCUGGCGAGAACUUUCAACUGUCUCAAAUGGCAGCAUUUCAACUAGCUGAAGAUACAAUGUCCAGUGAUCGCAUAGAUGAGCAUGCACAUACUUUGGAGCACUACAUCGUAAAAGUGAGGACCGAAGUGCAAAAUUCAGAGGCCUUCUCGUGGCGGUCUAAAAUAUUUAUUUCUCCUUAAUAGAUGUGAUUAGUGAUCAGUUUUACCUGAUAAUUCAUCUGGGUUUAGCCCGGACGUGUCGGUUUGUGUUUUACUGAAUCGGACAUGCCUGACAAUAUAAAGUUUUGUUCUCUGCCCCUAACGCAACCCCUGAUUUUUACGCA